GCGUGGUCGAGUAGAACUUGUGUUGUCGAAUAAUCGUUCCUCCCUAAAAUUUAAUUAAGUAAAUUAUUGUGUUAUUAUAUAAAUUAUGAUAUUUCCGUAAUUGUGAAAGUGUUGAAUAAAUAUUUAAAGUGAAAUAUAUAAUUGUAGUGUGGUAACUUCUAAUCAAAUUGGCUAUGUAAUAAAAGCCGAUUAGCAAGAAAAAAAAAAUUAGCACACCAUAUUCACCAUAUUAAUUUUCAACACUUACGCGCUCUACUGGUUUCUAGUUUCAACGAGUAGAAUUAACUUUGCAUACAUUUCGCGCUGUCAAAGGUGGUGACUAUUCGGGCGCAGUAAAAAAAGACGAAGGAGUUAGUGCAACUUUUUGCCAAUAAAAUAUACAAAAAUUGCAUUUAAAGUGUAUAAAAAAUCAUUAACUGUAAUUAAAAAACAUUUUAAUUUAUGAUUAUAUUAAUUUUUCAAUAAAAAGUUGAUAUAUUUUAUUAAAACUAUAAAUUUUUGUGCUCACUUUUCACACAAUUUUCUUAUCGCCGCGUUCUUCACAGUCGUUGCUGGUUGCUUUCGUGUAGACAUUCUACGUACAUACAAUGCGGAUGUAGGGGCACAUAAAAUAAGUGUAAAAGAACGCAGUAAAAUCAUACAAAGAUUAAAACUAACAGUAAAAAUGUCACAAAAUUAAAAACAGAUUCAACUGAUAUUGUUUUAAAAUAUAAACGUGUUACAUCUCAAUAGUUGAUACGCCUAUUUGCCACAUAUUACUAUAUCUGCCUUCAAGGAUUUUCCUGCGCGACUGCAAUCGAGACUGCACCUGCACAAUUUUGUGUCCAUGUUUGGAAGAUUUGUGUAAAGUUCGUUUAAAUUUACGCAUAAAAUUUUCGCCAUAACAAACAAAGUGCAUAGAUAUUUAAACUAUGCAACUGGAAGCCUUAAAAUAAAAUCGCCCUAAAAAAAUGAAAAUGAUUUAAGCGAAUGAUGCAGACAAGAGAAGACUGCGAUAAAAAGACCAGUAAUGUGGAACAAUCGCAGAAAUAUCAAGUACAGCGGAUUCGUUAUUCAAAACCGGGAAGCAUGGCUAUUAUUCAUUAAUGAAUUUAUGUACAUUUUAACAAAACUUGCUUUGAAUAUUAACGCAACCAUUCCCAAAGUAUCAAUGACGACACCUCAGUGGUUCACUUACUCAAAUAAAAUGGGUCGCAAGUCGUCAAAAUUUAGGAAACAAUUCAUUAGAUGAAAUAAAUCUGCGAAGAAGCUAAAACAGUACAAAAAAAUAAGAAGAAGAACAGCCGCCAAUAAUAUUUUGGCUAAUAAUUAGUCCUAAGAAGAGGCUAUCCCGUUUGGUUUAAGAACAACGCAAAAACGGAACGCCUAGCAAAAAAUUUAAAAUUUUGAAUGGAUCCUUUUGUCGGUUGGUUUCAAGAGGAACAGGAGGGUCCAGCAUUACGCACAUGGUCUAAAAUUUGGGAAACCAAUGCGCUUGAUAUGAGCCAACUCUUGGAACAACAAAAUCAACAAUUACAACAACAACAAUUACAAGGGUUUAACGGAAAAUUAGGUAACGGUACGUUAAGCGCACGUGAUCGUGAUUCGAUACAAUUGUUACUACAACAAUUUAGUGGAGGAGUUCGUAAUAAUAACAGCAACGGUAACGGAAACGGGAACGGUAACGGUAACGGUAACUCGAGUAAUACAUCAAGUAAUAAUUCAUUAGAUUCUACAAGUACAAACGAUACUAACACAACACCAGCUACAACUCCAGCUGGUCUACAAGACAGUUUAACUUCGAAAAUGCCUUCUCACGAACGCCCCAGCUAUUAUAAUCCAUCUCGUAGGAAAAUAGGUCGCAUAGUUGAUAAUAAAGCAAGUACAUAUAAUCUUAAUAAACAUAUGGAUAAACUUAUAUCCAAAUAUAAGGGUUGUCCUUGGCGAGUUCCCGAACAUAUAUAUGGACGUGGUGUAAUUGGACUGCAUGAAGAAAUAGAACAGUUUUAUAAUUAUGUAUUGCCUACACCAACAGAACAUGCGAUACGCAAUGAGGUUGUGCAACGAAUUGAGGCAGUGGUGCAUUCUAUUUGGCCAUCAGCUAUUGUAGAAAUUUUUGGCUCUUUUCGCACAGGAUUGUUUCUUCCAACUUCUGAUAUUGACUUAGUUGUUUUAGGUCUUUGGGAAAAAACGCCUUUACGUACAUUAGAAACUGAACUUAUCGCACGUGGAAUUGCUGAACCGCAUUCAGUGCGUGUACUUGACAAAGCUUCUGUACCAAUUAUUAAACUAACUGAUCGUGAGACACAAGUUAAAGUGGAUAUAUCAUUUAACAUGCAGUCGGGUGUGCAAUCGGCUGAACUGAUUAAAAAAUAUAAGCAAGAAUUCCCGCUACUAGCCAAACUUGUAUUAGUGCUGAAGCAAUUUUUGUUGCAGCGUGAUCUCAACGAAGUCUUCACCGGUGGAAUUUCCUCAUAUUCUCUUAUAUUAAUGUGUAUUAGUUUUCUGCAAUUGCAUCCACGUCAAAUCAAUGUAGAUAACGCAAAUUUAGGUGUAUUGCUGCUAGAAUUUUUUGAAUUGUAUGGUCGAAAAUUUAAUUACAUGAAAAUUGGCAUUUCUGUUAAAAAUGGUGGUCGCUAUAUACCCAAAGAGGACUUGCAACGUGAUAUGAUUGAUGGCCAUCGUCCAUCACUUUUAUGCAUCGAAGAUCCAUUAACUCCUGGAAAUGAUAUUGGACGUAGUUCAUAUGGAGCACUACAAGUCAAACAAGCGUUCGAAUACGCUUAUCUAAUGCUGUCACAGGCUGUGAGUCCACUUAAUUUAUGGGCUAGUGAUUGUAACGAGCGUUCAAUAUUAGGACGCAUUAUACGAAUAACUGACGAUGUUAUUGACUAUCGCGAGUGGAUAAGAGAAAAUUUCGAAAGUUUAGUUUUAACACGGUUAUCGCCCAUAGGUUCUCUCGUUCCUUCUACUGUAGGAAAUACUGUUGGUGGUGUUAAAUAUGUACAAGUGCCGAUGGUUCAAUCUGCAUUAUUGCCACCCGGAACUAUUCCGUCACAACAGACGCCACAUGGUGUACACUUGUUACAACAACAAAUGUAUCAUCAUCAACAGCAACAUGCAGCCAUGACAUCUGUCCAUCAUAGAAGUGGUAGUACGUCCUCUGCUGAUGAUUCUGAAGAUAGUAAAGAAUGUGACGUCGACUCAACCUCACCGACAAUGAUGCUAGCGCCCGUAACCUCGUCUGCAUCCACCGGUUUAACAACAUCCGCAAAUAUUCAUACAAUUUCUCGCAUAGAGACAUGAUGAAUAGUCGCCGGGCUUGU